AACAAAACAAAGAGUGAAAAAAACAUAAAAGAUCAAGAAAAAGAAUAAUGGCUUGCAUAUUUGCUGAUAAAUGGGAGGAACUUAGUGGGAAAAACAAUUGGGAUGGGCUAUUAAACCCCUUGGAUCUUGAUCUUCGUAAAUAUAUCAUUCAUUACGGAGAAUUGGCUCAAGCAACUUAUGACACUUUCAUCUCAGAAAGAGCGUCUAAAUAUGCAGGAGCUAGCAGAUACUCUAUGGAAAACUUCUUUACUAAGGUUGGACUUGACCCAAAAAAGUAUUGUGUAACCAAAUAUUUCUAUGCUACCUCAUCCAUGCCACUUCCUGAUGCUUUCAUUACGAAAUCAUUGUCAAGGGAAGCAUGGAGUAAGGAAUCAAAUUUUAUGGGAUAUAUUGCUGUGGCUACUGAUGAGGGAAAAGCUUCAUUAGGAAGGAGGGAUAUUGUGAUUAAUUGGAGAGGAACUUUGCAAGUAUUGGAGUGGGUUAAUGACCUUCAAUUUUUACUUGUCCCAGCACCCAAAGUUUUUGGUGAUGGAGGUUUGCUUCCUUUGUUUCAUCCUUUGGUGCAUCAUGGCUUCCAUAACAUUUAUACAACUGAAAAUCCACGAUCACAGUUUAAUAAAACAUGUGUUAGGGAUCAGGUAAUGGAAGAAGUGAAAAGAUUGGUGGAGGAAUAUAAGGAUGAAGAGGUGAGCAUAACUGUGACUGGACACAGCCUAGGUGCAUCACUUGCAACUCUGAAUGCAGUUGACAUAGCUUUCAAUAAAAUCAAUAAAGCAAGUAAUGGCAAGGAGUUUCCAGUGACUGCUUUUGUAUUUGCAAGUCCUAAAGUUGGAGAUGUCAAUUUUCUCAAUGCAUUUUCCAAACUGAAGCAUCUUCAUAUCUUGAGGAUUCAUAAUUUAUUGGAUAUUGUUCCGAAAUACCCACCCAUUGGGUAUUUUGACGUUGGGCAGGAGAUAAUGAUUGAUACGACAAAAUCUCCGUAUGUGAAGCCUCCAGGAGAACCUGUGAGCUGGCAUUUAUUGGAACCAUAUUUGCAUGGAAUUGCUGGGACUCAAGGAAUUGGAAUGUCAGCAGGUUUUAAACUAGAGGUGAAUCGCGAUAUUUCACUUGUGAACAAACAGUGGAACGUACUGAAAGAUGAACAUUGUAUUCCUCCCCUUUGGUGGUCUGAGAAGCACAAAGGAAUGGUUCAACAAGAAGAUGGAGCUUGGCUUCUCCAGGAUCGUGAUGAGUAUGAGUUCUGAGAGAUCAAACCAGUUGGAUUUCAAAUUGUUGUUUUGUUAUUUCAUGUAUUGUUUGAAUAAAAGGUUUUCCUGAGCAUGGGGAGACCGCAUCCUGUUUUUUAUAUAUGCAAAUCGUAUUAUGGUUCCUUUAUAACAA